CCCCCAACCCCCCGUGCCCAGGGCAGGUAUAAAGCAGGCCGUGCCCCGCCGCGCCCGCAGCUCGGUGCAGAUAGCAGCCGUUCCAGACCAUAGUGCUCUCCAGACCUCAGAUCUGCCAUGCAGCCUCGGGUGUUCUCUGCCGCUGCCCUCCUGACCCUGCUGCUGGUCAACUUCGCCUGGGCGGAGGAGCCGUCACUGGUUGGGCGGGUCCAGGACUACGUGCAUCACAUGGCUCAAACUGCCAAGGAGGCGCUGACCAAUGUGCAGGAGUCCCAGGCCGCACAGAAGGCCAGGGGCUGGGUCUCCUACGGCUUCGACAACUUUCACGGCUACCUGAGCCUCUUCAAGGACAAGUUCUCCGACCUGUGGGACCAGACCCCCGUGCCCUCUGCACCCCCCACGACGGCCCCCUUACAGGACAAUUCCAAGUGAGGGAGGCCACAGUCCGGCGGUCCAGAACGACCGGCUCCCCCUGGAAAGGGUGGUCGAGGCCGGGCCCUUCUACCCGGCCAACGAAGCUGAGGUCGUUGGUCUUGGGUCCCCAGGGGCGUCGGGGGGUCGGGGGGGCAGGGGAGGGUCCCAAACCGAGUGGGAUUCCUGUGCGCAGGGUCCAUGGUCCCUAUUCUCACAGUUAGUACAGUGUUUUGCACCAAGUAAGAUCACAAUAAAUACCAUUGAUUGAUUGA